AUGAAAGUGAAGAUGCUCUCCACGGUCCUCUGAGGCGGCAGGCAUUAGACUUGUCUUGCUGGUCCAGACUCAGUCCUUCUGGUCCAGAUUCGGUAUUCGUGAUCCAUACUCAGUCUGCCUGUUCCAGACCCAGUACUACUGUUCCAGAAGUCCACCUCGUGGUUUUGUCAGUCGUCUGAACAACCGGUGAAGCAUCUUCGCGUCAUUUGCCACAAUCUUUGGCUGGGCUCCUAUCCAGAAUGGCCGGUAACGCGUGGAGGUCAAUGUUGUCCCAGGUGGUCGUCAGCGCCACCAAGCGACCCAUAUUUUCAUCUUUCUCUUGCAGAGGAAUGCAUACGGUCACGCUGAUACCUGGCGAUGGCAUCGGACCAGAGAUCUCCAGCGCCGUGAUGAAGAUCUUUGAGGCAGCAAAAGCUCCAAUCCACUGGGAGGAGAGGAACGUGACGGCUAUCAAAGGUCCCGGUGGCCGGUGGAUGAUCCCGCCAGAUGCCAAAGAGUCGAUGGACCGCAGCAAGAUUGGACUGAAAGGACCUCUGAAGACGCCCAUCGCUGCUGGUCACCCCUCCAUGAACUUGCUGCUCAGGAAGACUUUUGACCUUUAUGCCAACGUCAGGCCGUGCGUCUCCAUCGAAGGCUACAAGACGGCGUACACCAACGUCGACCUGGUCACCAUCCGUGAGAACACGGAGGGCGAGUACAGCGGCAUCGAACAUGUGAUUGUGGACGGUGUCGUUCAGAGCAUCAAACUGAUCACAGAAGACGCCAGCAGACGCAUCGCCGAGUACGCCUUUGAAUACGCCAGAAACAACCAAAGAAGCAGCGUCACCGCCGUCCACAAGGCCAACAUCAUGCGGAUGUCAGACGGGCUCUUCCUGAGGAAAUGCCGCGAGGUGGCGGAGAACUACAAAGACGUGAAGUUCACAGAGAUGUACCUGGACACCGUGUGCCUCAACAUGGUUCAGGACCCGACGCAGUUUGACGUCCUGGUGAUGCCCAACUUGUACGGAGACAUUCUCAGUGAUCUGUGUGCCGGCCUCAUUGGUGGUCUCGGGGUCACACCCAGCGGCAAUAUCGGUGCCAACGGCGUGGCCAUCUUUGAAUCUGUGAGUGCGUGUGUUAGCAUGUCCAACUCGGACUUGGUUGGGUUUUUUUUGUUUUUUUUUACUUUGUUGUUUGUGCAGGUCCACGGCACAGCCCCCGACAUCGCCGGUCUGGACCUCGCCAACCCCACUGCCUUGCUGCUCAGCGCCGUCAUGAUGCUGCGUCACAUGGGCCUUCACGAGCACGGCCACAAGAUACAGACGGCGUGCUUCGACACCAUCCGAGACAAGAAGGUGCUGACCAAGGACUUGGGAGGAAAUUGCAAAUGUUCAGAGUUCACGGCUGAAAUCUGUCGUCGCGUUCAGGAUCUGGACUGAGGCGGCGACGGCGACAACGUGCCUGCUAUCUCCACCUCCUCUGAGGGGGGCGGGGCUUCUCUAACCUCAGAUGUUCACAGCAAACAUGCGCACAGCUGUCACAUGACCAAGAUGUUUCUGACUGAAAGAUGCUAACGAGGAGGAGCUUCGUGGUUUUGUAACGGUCACAAAUGAACUUAUUUAUUGUUUCCUCUGGCCAUGUCAUCACGGCUUUGCUCCAUUAAAAGGGCUUUUCUUCUUCAA